CCUACACCAAAAAGACCCAAAUCCCCUCAACCUUCAGAUGAGCUACAUCCCACUAUCCUUUGCGAUGGGCUGAUAAGUGGAUCCAAGAUGGCGUAGAAAGUAAAGCUAGAUUCAAGAAGAAAGAUGACGAGUUCAACGACAUUCUGUCCCUGAGUCAUGGCAGACAGGAGAGCGGAGAAGUCAUGUGAAGAAGCCAGCGGAUCGUUAGCCAGGCGGGAGUACGAGGCGGCAGUGAGCCACUGCACAGAUGCGCUGCUGGCCCUCGGCCCCCCGGCCGCUCCCAGCCCUGGACCCCCCGCAUCCAACGCCCCCAACGACACGGUUACCCCCCUCCGCAGCCGCGCCCUGCUCUACAGGAUAGCUGCCCUGCUACAGCUGAAAAACUAUGAUCAAGCAGAUGAAGACUGCAAACAUGUUCUGGCUGAGGAGCUGGCCAAGGGAGACGGGUCAUUUCAGGCCAGCCUGCGCUGCAUGCUGUUGGACGGCAGCCUGCACGAAGUGGCCGGCCUCCUCUCCAAGUCCCUGUUUGGGGAGCCUCUGAAUGGCAUCGUCACAAAGGACUUAACUAGAUUAAAAAUGCUUCUCUCAGAAAUUGAAGCCAUUCGUAGCGAGAUGGCCACAGAAUAUACAGACGACAACGAGGAAGAAGUACGGGAUGGAUGGCAGUUCCGCCCCCCGCCUAGAGGAGUCACCAGCAGUGAGGAGUACACGCUGUGUAAAAGGUUCCUGGAGCAGGGCCUGUGUCGCUACGGUGCCCAGUGCACGUCGGCCCACUCCCGGGAGGAGCUGAUGGAGUGGCAGAAGCGCUACGCCUCGCGCCUCAUCCGCCUCAAGCAGCAGCAGGAGAGCAAGCACUUCACCGAGAACUACAUGGAGGCGCUCAUCGAGAAGUGGAUGAACUCUCUCUCCCCUGAGAAAGUGCUGAGUGACUAUUUGGAUGGCGUCAACGUGGAACACAGCUCCAACCUCUCCGUAACGGUCACCACCAAGAAAUCAGCUCACUCCUGGACCUUCUCCUUGUUCUGCAAGCCUGUGAGGAAGCUGUACCGCAUCGCCCUGCUUUACGACGCCCACCGACCCCACUUCUCCAUCACGGGCGUGUCGGUUGGCGAUGCCGGCGCCCAGCGGCUGCAGGCGGCGGCCGAGGGCUGCCAGGAGUGGACGGCGGGUGAGGAGGCGCUGGCGGCCAACAACGGCAUGGACCACUGCGUCUACACGGUGGUGGUGGGCUUCAGCACCGAGAUCUUCGGCACCUUCCGCCAGACCAUCGUCUUCGACUUUGGCUCGGAGCCCGUGCUGAUGCAGCGCAUCAUGGUGGACGCCGCCUCCAUAGAAGACCUGGAGCACCUAAUGCAAGCCAGGCAGCAGCUCCUGAUGACGGCCAAGCGCUGGGACCCGUCCUGCAAGACCAUCGUGGAGUUCAGCCCCAACGAGACGGUGGACCUGGACCGCAGCCUGCUGGCCCGCUACCAGAUCCCCCUGUCGGCCGACCAGCUCUUCACCCAGUCGGUGCUGGACAAGACCCUGACCCGGGACAACUACCAGGCCCGCCUGCACGACCUGCUCUACAUCGAGGAGAUCGCCCAGUACAAAGAAGUCAGCAAGUUCAACAUCAAAGUCAACCUCCAGCUGGUCACCAGUUUCAUGCUGACGGGCAUCUCGGGUGGCGCCAAGUACGCCCAGAACGGGCAGCUCUUCGCCCGCUUCAAGCUGACGGAGACGCUGUCGGAGGACACGCUGGCGGGCCGCCUUGUCAUGACCAAGGUGAACUCUGUCUUGCUGCUGCCCCUGGCCCGCCAGGAGUGGUGCAGCCAGCCCCCGGGGGUCAAGGAGCGGGUCUACGAGGCCUGCAUCGAGGAGAAGACCAAGGACUACAUCUUCCUGCGGAUAUGCAAGGACUGCUGCGAGGAGCUGGGCUUGAUACCUGAUAGGGAACUGCAGGUGGAGCUGCAGUUUCAGUUGAACCGCCUGCCCCUGUGUGAGAUGCACUAUGCUCUGGACCGCAUCAAAGACAACGGCAUCCUGUUCCCAGACACCAGCCUUACCCCCACCAUUCCCUGGAGCCCCAACAGGCAGUGGGACGAGCAGCUGGACCCGCGUCUCAACGCCAAGCAGAAGGAGGCCAUCCUGGCCAUCACCACGCCUCUAACCAUCCCCCUGCCCCCUGUGCUCAUCAUCGGGCCCUACGGCACGGGCAAGACCUUCACCCUGGCACAGGCCGUCAAGCACAUCCUCAAGCAGGACGACAGCAGGGUCCUCAUUUGCACCCAUUCCAACAGUGCAGCUGACCUGUACAUAAAGGACUACCUUCAUCCAUACGUAGAAGCGGGCAACGCGCACGCAAGACCUCUCAGGGUAUACUUCAGGAACCGCUGGGUGAAGACUGUCCACCCGUUGGUGCAGCAGUACUGUCUGAUCUCUAACACACAGUACACUUUCCAGAUGCCCGAGAGAGAGGACAUCCUCCGGCACCGCGUGGUGGUGGUCACCCUCAGCACCUCCCAGUACCUCUGCCAGCUGGACCUGGAGCCAGGGCUCUUCUCUCACAUCCUAUUGGACGAGGCGGCCCAGGCCAUGGAGUGUGAGACCAUCAUGCCUUUCGCGCUGGCCAGCAAAAGCACCCGCAUCGUGCUGGCUGGAGACCACAUGCAGCUCAGUCCGUUUGUGUACAGCGAGUUUUCUCGAGAGCGGAACCUGCAUGUGUCGCUGUUGGACCGGCUGUACGAGCACUACCCAGCCGAGUUCCCCUGCCGCAUCCUGCUCUGUGAAAACUACCGCUCCCACGAAGCUAUCAUCAGCUACACGUCAGAACUGUUCUACGAUGGGAAGCUGAUGGCCAGCGGGAAGCAGCCGUCUCACAAGGACUUCUACCCGCUGACCUUCUUCACGGCGCGCGGCGAGGACGUCCAGGAGAAGAACAGCACGGCCUACUACAACAACGCAGAGGUGUUUGAGAUCGUGGAGCGGGUGGAGGAGAUGCGUAAGAAGUGGCCGGUGGCGUGGGGCAAGCUGGAUGAGGGCAGCAUCGGCGUGGUGUCGCCCUACGCCGACCAGGUAUUCCGCAUCCGCGCCGAGCUCCGAAAGAAGAGGAUGCACGAGGUCAGCGUGGAGAGGGUGCUCAACGUCCAAGGUAAGCAGUUCCGGGUGCUCUUCCUGAGCACUGUGCGCACACGGCACACCUGCAAGCACAAACAGACGGCCAUCAAGCGGAAGGAGCAGCUGGUGGAGGACUCGACGGAGGACCUGGACUACGGCUUCCUGUCCAACUACAAGCUGCUCAACACGGCUAUCACUCGCGCCCAGUCCCUGGUGGCCGUGGUGGGAGACCCCAUAGCGCUCUGUUCGGUGGGCCGCUGCAGAAAGUUCUGGGAGAAGUUCAUCUCCAUCUGCCACGAGAACGCCAGCCUGCACGGCAUCACCUUUGAGCAGAUCAAGGCCCAGCUGGAGGCCCUUGAGCUCAAGAAGACCUACGUGCUCAACCCGCUGGCGCCCGAGUUCAUCCCCCGCGCCCUGCGGCCCCAGCCGGCCCAGCACCCCCAUCAUCACCAACACCAUCACCAACACCCACACCCCCAGGGACACACGGCCAUCAAGCAGCCCCAGCAGCAGCAACCGCAGCAGUCUCCCCCAAAGGGGAAAGGUCAACAUGCGAACCACACGGAGCACUUCCCACCUGAAGGAUUUGUUCAACCCAACCCCGCGGUGUUGAUGGGCAACCCCAUCCGGGCGUUCACGCCGCCCUUAGGGGGCACACCUGGCGGCAUGGGCAAGUCCCCCAGUCCCGUGCAGAGGAUAGACCCCCACACGGGUGCCAGCAUCCUCUACGUGCCCGCCGUCUACGGAGGAAACAUGGUCAUGUCCAUGCCACUGCCCUCUGUCCCCAUCCAGCUGCCGUGGCCCGGCUACCAGAACCGCUUUGCCAUGGACCCACGCAUCAUGAGCCACCAGGCGGCCAUGGCCUACAACCUGAACCUGCUGCAGGCCCAGAACCGGGGCUCGCCCAUCCCCUACGGCGGAGUCACACACCCCUCCCCCUUGGGCAUGGGCCAGCAGACCAGUCCCGACAAGGAGCUUCAGGCUGAUUCCGUCAGAAACGGUAAAAUGGAUGGGUGUGCAAAGUCUGAGCAGAGUCGGCUGCAGACACCAGAGAGGAAGACCUCGGAGAUGAAGGACAAACAGGGAGAGUGUGAUCCGGGCGGUGGCCGGGGUCUGGACUCUCAGACGGACGGACUGGGCUUCCCCAAUGCCAUGCUCCACCGCAAGGACAACUCAAGCCAAAGACCCCUCAAUUACCACCUGGCGCCCCCCAACCCGGCCUUUGCCCCCCAUCCCGUGGGUCGGGCCUUCCCCCCACAGUACCCCGGCGUGUCCAGGCUCCCCUUUAGGGUACCGACCCAGCACCCAGGUGGGGGCCCGGCCAUGGGCCAGCCUAACCAGCAUCACUCGGCCCAGCUAUCCCCAGCCUACGCCAGCGGCAACCACAACCCCUCCUUCUUUGGUGGGGCCAUGGCCUCCCACAGGGGUGUGCCAGAGACUGAGGAGGAGGGGCCGGAGGAGAUUGGGAAUUCCAUCAGGUCCCAGAUGGGCCACCAGGUGGGGCACCACCCGGCCUUGUCGCAGCCCAGCCGAGUUAACAGCUUCGGAGAGGAGAACCAGGAAGGAGGCCUGGGAGAUGGGAUGGACUCCCUAACUCUGGAGGCCCUGAGCCAGCAGGCGCGGCUGGGCCAGUGGGGUGAGCCCGGGCCCUUCCUCCAGGGCGGUGUGGCCUUCCCUCUGCCCCAGCAGCUGGCCCAUCUGGCCCAGCCCGGCCUAGCCCGCUUCCCCCCUCAGCUGCUGGCACGGGCCAACUGGAGAAUGAGCGCCGGCAUGGAGGACGAGGCUGGCGGACCGCCUUUCACUAGGUUCCCAGGCCUCCUAAGAGAGAUGCCCCCCCAGGAUCAGCCUGAUCCCAGGGACCCGGUUGAGAUGCAGCCCCCUCCCCAGUCCCGCCUGCUCCAGUACCGUCAGGUCCAGUCCCGCUCCCCUGGAGACCCCUCCUCCCCCUCGUCUGUAACCUCCAACCACACCGGCCCCUUCCCCCCUGGCCCCUAUCCCGGCCGAGACCCCACCAGCCACGAGCUGGAGCUCCUCAAUAACCCGGGUCUCCAUCAGCACCCGGGGAACCAGCUCUACAACCCCAACGCCUACCCCCAGCAGCUGGGCCACUCCACUACCCCGCCCCCGCAGGUCAAGUACCUUCUCCAGGAGGCCCAGUGGCCUCACGGCGGAGCUAGCGUGGCCCAGAACCACAUGCUGGCCCAGGGCCAGGGCUUCCCCUAUGGGCUGCCCGUCAUGGCCCACCCCAGUAGACAGGAGCAGGUCCACCUCAUGCAGCUCCACCACCAGCAGCAGCAGCAGCAGCACCAACAGCAGCAGCAGCAGGGUCAAGGCCCAGGCCAGGAGCCCUACCACCCUCUCUCCCCCAGAACAACAGGUGCCACCGCCCUUCACAAUGUAGAAGAGUAUGAACCCAGGGGUCCCGGGCGGCCCCUCUACCAGCGGCGGAUCUCCUCCAGCUACCCAGACGAGGGAUCCCCCGCCAACGCCGCCGCCUUGGCCCAGCAGCAGCCACAGCCCUGCCCGCCAGACCCCCAGGAGCACCCUCACACACACCAACACCCCCACCAACACCCCCACGCCCCCUACGGCUACCCCCCGCCCGAGCUGUGGCCCGGCAACGGGGGCGGCCCCGGCCCGUUCCAGAACAUUCCAUGCAACGGAGCCAGCACACUCAUUCAACACCGGGACCUCCUAGUAGCUUCCAAGGCCCUGCGGCAGGCAGCAGAGGAGCAGAUGAAGGCUGAAGCAGCAGCAGCAGUAGCUGCGGCCCAGCCUCCCGCCCACUCCCUACAGCACCUCGGACAAUUCCCCCCUCUCAUGCCCAACAGCAAGCCGCAGCAGCAGCAGGCCGCCCCAGAGCCCGGCCAAGGCUCUGGGGGCCCCCAAAACCCUGGCAAACCCCCCACCAUGUCCUACGCCAGUGCCCUCCGCGCCCCACCCAAACCCAGAGCUCGUCCCGAACAGGUCAAAAAGCACAGCGACCCACUUUCCCUUCUCCAAGAGCUGAGCAUAGGAAGUUCAAAUGGUAGCAACGGAUACUAUUCCUAUUUUAAAUGAGUUUCACCCCUGAGAAAUACCCCCUAGAAAAAUAUAAAGAAAAAAAACAUGUAAAAUAUAAAGAGAAAAAAAAAAGAUAAAUGGCUAAACUAAAAAAAAACGGUACAAAGUGCUUUUACAAAUCGUUUCUAUUCAUCGUUUUUGUUUCCCGCUUUUUUGUUUUGUUUUAAACUUUUAUUUGUAACAGUCAAAUCUUUCUUCUGUUUCACAUAUCUGACAUAAAAAAUAAAAUAAAAAAUGUAAAACAUAAGUAUAUAUAAUGGAUGCAUUACUGGUAUAUAUACAUAUACAUUAUGUAUAUAUGAAUAUAUGCUUAUAUUAUGUACACUUAUAUAUGUACGUAAUGCAAAAAAAAAAAAAGUAGAAAAAUGAACUAAAAUGAUUUUAAAAACACAAAAUUUGGUUGACCACUUGGCUGCCUGUCUGUUUUCCCUUGUUGAAGUUGGUUAUGUUGGCCACUUUGGUUUUUGUGUGUUUUUUUUCCUUUUUAAAAAAAAAAUUUUGAGUGGAAUUCUAUGUCUUGAUUUUCAUCAUAGUUGUGUUAACAGGGAAAAAGCUAAGUGGUCAACUAAUUUCAUAUAAAAUAUAUGGAACAUUGUAUAGAAGUAGAUGCAUUUUCCUCUAAUCUGUACAUAUAGAGAAAAUAAAUGACUGAGUUGUAUGCCACAGACAUGUACCUAAAUUCCUGUAUCAUGUUAGAAUUUACAUUUAGACUUCAUUUGGUUUGCUUUUAAUCCUUAACCUUAGACAUUCUCACCUGAAAAUCAUCUUCAGUAAGAGAUUAGUGGAGUAAAUGAGAUUUUUACAUACAUGCAAACACACACGAUUCAGAAUAAAACUAUUACUUUAUUAUACAUUUAUACAAAUGUGUUGGUUGCACGUCGAUUCCUUUAUUUCACUGGCCCCCUCUCGUUUUAAUAGAUAAAAAUAGAGCAUAGAUGAUGAUUGAUGAUAAGCAUGCAAAGCCGCAUCGAAGUGAGGUCUACUGUUGUCUGAUUCCAACUUGGAAAAACUAGUUUCAGGAAGAACCAUGGUACGCGUCCUCUGCCGUUUCAUCUGAGGCCCAAAGAUAGUUGUUCGAUUGGCUUUCCCAUUUGUCCGUUAACCACUGUCUUUGAAGUAGGCAUAUUGCGUGAUGGGGUUAAAUUCCAAAGUGUUACAUGUCCAAUCACAUGUCGACCAAACAUCUAAUCAGUUAAGCAAAACUGCAGAUAAAAAUAAGAAAGUAUGUUGAGAAACUUGAGACAAACUGUAUGAAUGAGUGGCUGGGUAAACGUGGGUCAUAACUAAGGCUCGGCUGCUGAGGGAGUCUGAAGGUAUAGAGAGGGAUGACGGCCAAGUUUUAAAGAUUUUGAUUCACAUUGAGUGAGAUGUUGGGUCUACGUCAGUUAUCUCCUUGUUUUUCUUUGACCUACUUCAGAGCUUUACGGUCAUUUUAGAAAGGCUUGAGAAAGAUCCUGUCACCAACUUUCCCCAACAUUCCCUGGUAUUUCUGAAAUCCCGGGUUUGAGGUUUUCUGGAAUCAGCAAGGGAGUAAGCAACUAGGGAAUCGUCUGACUUGGAAUUCUUCAACCAGGAUUUCUAAAAAAUAAAAACUGGGAAUUUGGGGAAAUUUGCAACCCUAGACUUGUGUAGGACUUCGGCCCGAAAGAAUACCGGCUGGUUUAGACCAGCACUAUCAGUUACCAUUUGGUUCUGUCUUAUCAUCUGAGUUGUACUGGUACUGCAAUUACCAGUCUUUUUCACCGAUAUUCCAUGUAUUCUUUGAAAUCAGCGGACAUCACUUUUAGCUACCAACCUCUUGCUCCAAUUAGAUCGUUGCUUAGAUGACAGAACUCAUUCUGUCUGUUUGCCCUGGCAAUUUGCCUGGAAAUUUAGACAGAAAAAAAGAUGAUGCUUUUAUUUUGACGACUCAAAAUGUUUCAAUUGUUAGCAAAUAAAUGCAAUCAGUGUGGGUUAUUUUAACCACAAAAUUUUUAAAAAAUUGUUCAGGCGUUUGUAAGAUUUUUCUGACAUGCAUUCCCAUUCAGUGAUGUAUAUUGUUUUUAGGGUGACACGUAUCUUGUGAGUGAAAUCGAUUUGCAUUUUUGUAAAAUAAUUUGCUAACAACCAUCAAGCUGUCAAAUCUUUAUACAUUUGAAUGGUGUGCACACUCAAAAAAUAAAUUGCCUGUAGGAUAAAAUGAUAAUGACAAUUAUUGACGAUUAUCAAAUGCAAAUUUGUGACUGAUUUUGAUUGACUUGGUAGAUUAUUUUUUUGUGUAAUAGCCACUGUUAUCACAUUUACUGGAAACCAUCUUCUCAACUUUUCAUGAUUCAUUUAUUUUUAAUUGAUUAAUGGUAUGGUUCAGUAUAUUUUAAUAAAAUACCCUUGGAUUCUAACUGGUACAUUUUAUGUAACUAUUUAGUCAUUCAUGUAUGAGCCCGUCAAUCAGAAGUUUUUUUUAUAUUUAUUUUUAUUUUUAAAGAGUCAAACAUGCUGUCAGCUAUUCAGGAAGCAAAUCUAGUUGGAAUGAAAAACAUCUCUUAAACAAAGUUGAAACAAUCAUUCAAAACAUUUACGGGGACUUCAGUUUAUUUGAAUUUUCCAAGGUCCAGAUUCAAGAGGUUGUGAAUUUUAGGUUCAUCACAACAAAAAACAUACUUGUAAAUAUGCAUUUUCUAGGUAUUUACAAACAAAGUUUAGGGAGUGCCUCAAUUUUGUAGAAGCUGUUUAAAAGAAGAGGUAUGCCCUUUUUAAUUAUGCAAAUUCACAAAAUCAACUCACAAAAAUGGACAUGGACCGUGUUGGCAGUCACAGCAUCUUAUAGUAAUAUAACUUUUUAAAUUCAUUUUUAUAAGAUGGUGUCUGGCUGCUUUUACAAAGUGUUUUUGUUGCAGGCAUAUAAAAUGUUAUUUUACUGUAUAAUACUUAUUUUUAAAAUCAAUGUUGCAGGAAUUAUUUGUCCUUGGUUCAGUUUUUCCGCUAAAUCCAUUUAAAAGAUAUUUUAAUUUCAGCGGUGCUUUGUGGUUCGACAAUUAUUUUUCAUGUAAGACUGUACAUUCAUUCUGUGCAUGCCAAGAUGACAUGGCUUGUUUAUGUCCCCGAUUUAUCAAAUAGUUUAUUGAUUUGUGCAACAACAAUAAAAAAUGUUUUUGUUCUCUCCCUACCAAGUAACAUUUUGGUAUAUUAUUUGAUCUGUACAAUGACUUGUGACAUUAUGAACAAAAAAGUAUGAUAUUUUACUAACAUGUCAAUGAAUUAUGUAAUGCUCAUGUAAGAGUUGUUUUUCCUCCAAAUUAUUUUGCUGGGCAAAACUUGCUCCCAGCCAUACGGGGCACAUAUUAUAAGCUUUGAACGUCUUUACAAAGAAGUGGAUAUCAAAUUUGAAUCGGUUUUCCGCAAAUUAGUUGUUGGUUAACCUCUGAAUUGUGCAAGACUUAUUCCUCACAAUUUCUGCAGUAUUUGAUCUGUAUUUGUGUAAAAUCCAAACCGUAAGAGAUUGUUCUUAAUAAUCUUGUCCAGGAGUAAGUAAUAGUAGGUCUGUGCUUGUGUCCAUACCGGGCCUUUUUCAGGCCUUUUAUUAUUGCUUACUCACUAUCAAAACCUCCAUUUUGUGCCGUGUCAUGACUCGUGAACUGACUGACUUUGCAUCGAGACUGAAGCUUUUCAUUUUGUUUGUAGACAACCAAGUUUGAAUGUCAGUUAGCCUCCACCCAGACCCAGUCAAAUAUUAUUGCGUGUAAGUGGCUUAUGAAGGUUCCUCACGUUGCUUUCGUAAAACAACCUUAACUUGAACGGGUGGUUUUUGUGGUGGGAGCAGCCUUUUGCCCAGCCAGUAGAGAGCACUGUGUUCUCCUGUUCUCCUGUCCUCCAUCUCCUGUUGUCAUCCAUCUUGUCUCCAGUCUCCUCUAUUUCUUCCCCUCCCACAGUAAAUCAAUGGCACGCCUGUUAACUGUUAUCCCUCCACUGGAUCCACACAGGUGGGCUACAUAAUGAAUAUUUCCCUUUCACUCUUUUCAAUUCAAUUGGUGGUGGUCAUAAUAAAGGAUUUCGACUUUGUUUCAAAGGUUUUAUUUAAUUAUUAUUAUUAUUUUUUUUAAUGUGUUUCUCUAUUAAAGUGUCUUAUUGAAUCAG